UUUGUUACAAGUUGUAAAAAUCUGUUCAGGUCCCUUUAAGACGGCCUCACUCCGGCUGCACGCGCGCGCACACAAACUACUAUUUUGCGCGCCAGAUAUGUUGUGGAGACUGAGUGGAGCUAACAGCUAACGGCCUGGCAGAUAAAUAUGAAGAUAUAAAGUGUAUUAUUAAUCCUUAAUUUGGGAGAUAUUUGUUGCUUACAGAAGUGGAAGGGGUAUUUUGAUCAUAUUAGGUUGUUUAAAAAUCUGUUCGUCUGCUCGCGUCACUGUUGGAGACGGAAUUCCAGAGUUAAGCCCACGUACUUGUGAGAUAUGAACUGCGAGUUGUUGGCCACUUGCAGUGCCCUCGGGUACUUGGAAGGGGACGAAUACCACAAAGAGCCAGACUGUUUGGAGAGUGUAAAAGACCUGAUUCGAUACCUGAGGCAUGAGGAUGAUAUGAGAGACGUCCGACAGCAGCUGGGAGCCGGACAGAUUCUCCAAAAUGAUCUUCUUCCCAUUAUCACACAGCACGGAAAAGACAAGCCUCUCUUCGAUGCCUGUAUUAGGCUGAUGGUGAAUUUGACCCAGCCGGCACUUUUGUGCUUUGGAAAAAUCCCAAGUGACCCCACAUUUCGCCAUCAUUAUCUUCAAGUGGUGUCGCAUCUACAAGCGUAUAAAGAGGCCUUCGCCGACGAGAACGUGUUUACUGUGCUGAGCGAGACACUGUACAACCUACUGCAGUUGGAUUGGGAGCAGAGGCAGGAGGAGGACAACCUGCUGAUUGAGAGGAUUUUGCUGCUCGUCAGGAACGUGCUGCACGUCCCUUCCGACCCCACUGAGGAGAAAAAAGUGGACGAUGAUGCCAGCUUGCAUGACCAGCUUCUGUGGGCGAUCCACGUGAGCGGAAUGGACGACCUGUUGAAGUUCCUGGCCAGCGCUCAGAGCGACCAGCAGUGGAGCAUGCACGUUCUGGAGAUCAUCUCGCUCAUGUUCCGAGAUCAGACUCCCGAGCUUCUGGUGAGUGCGGGACAGAGCCGCUCGGUGCAGGAGAAACGGAAGGACACUUCAGAGCUGGAGGCUCUUAGACAGAAGGAGCUGGUGGAGAAACACGGCCGCACCAUGCAGCGAGGGACCAGGCACUCGCGCUUCAGAGGUUCAUAUGUAGUCCAAGGAUUAAAGUCCAUUGGUGAAAAUGAUGUCAUUUACCAUCAGGGACUGCAUAAUUAUAAGAACUAUUCUCACGAUUGCGGGAAGGCUGUGAGGCGAGUGCCCAAGCGUAAACAGGUGGCGCGGGACACCGAGACGCAUCGCCGCUCGGUCCUGAACGUUCGCCUCUUCCUGCGCGAGUUCUGCGUCGACUUUUUGGAUAACUGCUACAAUCGCCUCAUGUACCUCGUCAAGGAGUCGUUGAUUCGUGAGCACGCUCAGAAGCAUGACGAGAUGUACUACCUGUGGGCGCUGAGCUUCUUCAUGGCUUUCGACCGCGGCAACGGCUGCAGGCCCGACCUGGUCUCGGAGACCCUGUCCCUCCGAGCCUUUCACUUCAUAGAACGAAACAUCACGAACUACUACGAGAUGAUGCUCACGGACCGCAAGGAGGCGACGUCUUGGUCGCGCAGGAUGCAUUUGGCUUUGAAGGCCUACCAAGAACUCCUGAUGACUAUGAAUGAGAUGGAUCGGUCAAAAGAUGAGACCAUCCGCCAAAGUGCAAACGUUCUUAAGAGUAACGUCUUCUACCUGAUGGAAUUCCGAGAAAUCUUCCUCACUCUUCUGCGCAAGUUUGACGAGAGGAUGCAGCCGCGCUCUUUCCUGCGCGACCUGGUGGAGUCCACGCAUCUGUUCCUGCGCAUGCUCGAGCGCUUCUGCAAGGGCCGAAACAACCUGCUGGUACAGAAAAAGAAGGGGAGAAAAAGAAAGCAGAAAAAGAAGUCGGCGACGCGGGUAGAGAACACUCCUGAAGCGCUGGAGGAAACCUGGCAAAUCGUCUCUCAGGAGCUCAGGGCCUCGAACUUUCAGCUGUCAGAAUCUCUGAAGGAGGCCGCUGUGCCCUUUGAUGCAGCAUCUGAGAUUCCUGUUACUGAGCAGAGGUCUGAGGCCAUGAUUCGCAUCCAGGACGCUCUGCUCGCCCGAACCGGACCAGAGGCGCUUUGCUUGCUCCGAGCUGCACGGGAGGUGUGGCCGGACGGAGACGCGUUCGGCUCUGUCGACGUGGAGCCCGAGGACGAGCUGGACCUUCUGAAGCAGAUCCUCUUCGCCGAGCUACCUAGACCAAAUCCGGCUGAGGCUUCCACGGAGGAGGAUGAGGAAGCAGAGCUGGAUGAGGAGGACGAGCUGGAGACGGUGCGCGUCUCUGAAACGGAGUUCAACUUUUUGGACUUUAUUAAAAGGUUCGCAAACCCGAACAUCGUCCGUCCGUAUUUGGUGCUGCUGCGCACAUACAGCACGAACACGCCGCACACCAACCACUGCAUCGCUCGCAUGCUUCACCGCGUGGCUGUGGAUCUGAAGAUGGACGCCUUGCUCUACCAGCUCUCGGUCUUUCACCUCUUUAAUAAGAUCCUUACUGACCCUGCAGCCGCUGCCUAUAAGGAGCUGGUUACCUUCGCCAAGUACGUCGUGAACCGGUUCUUCACCCUGGCUGCCACCAACAACAAAGCUUUCAUCGAGCUGCUGUUCUGGAAGAAUGUUGGCGCUGUGAGACAGAUGACCGAGGGCUACACAGAAGACGGCGAGGGUGGUAAGAAAAAAGCCAGAUGGACACCGGAGGAGGAAGAGGAGCUUCGUCAGCUGUAUGAAGAGCACAAGGACUCAGAGGUGCCUGAUAUUGUGGAGACCCUCCUGCCAUUGCUGAGAAAGCCCGAUCUCACAAGGCGUCAGGUUGUGGUCCAAAUGGUCGCCAUGGGUUUGGUGGACAGCGUGAAGGACCUCAAGAAAGACAGGAAGGGCACUCGUAUCGUGCUGUGGACUGAGGAGCAGGAAGAGGAGCUUCAGAGGCUCUUCGAGGAGUACACAGACUCGGAUGAUGUUCUCGGGAACAUUCUGAAGAGGUUGACGGCGAAGCGUUCGAAAGCACGCGUCGUGGAUAAAAUCAUCAGCAUGGGCCUGGUUUCGGAACGCAAAGAGCUGUACAAGAAACGGCGACGCAGCGCUCCAGGGCCGGGAAAGAGCAGAGGAAUGUCUGAGGACGAGUUUUUUACUGAUCUGAGCGAAGCACCGAGAGAUGAGUCCAUGGACAGAGAGGAUGAAGAGGAAGAUGAGGAAGAUGAGAAUGGCUUUGAUGAGGGAGAAAGAGAGGAGCCGGUCAAGCCUGCUCGGAAAGCCACAAGACGAGAGAGUGCUGUGGAUAGAAACAUCAGUUUUGAAUCUUUGGCGAGCAGCUUACGCCGUGAAGGCCUGUCGGGGCCGAUCCUGUGGCUGCAGAACUGUCUGAAUAGAGCAGCUGAUGAUCGGGAAGAAGAUGGCGUCUCUCAUCCUGUGGCUUUGGUACCUCUGACCGAGGAGAACGAAGAUGCCAUGGAGAACAAGAACUUCCAAAAGCUCCUCCGCAAAGUCGGCAUUCGAGCGCCGGCUGACGAGCAGGAGUCAUUUUGGAGGAUUCCUGCCACCAUGAGCAUCUAUCAGCUUCGCGCCACUGCAGCGUCUCUCGACCAGCCUCGGGAACCGGAAGCGGAUGCUCAGGAGGACGCUGAAGGAGUUGCUGCUGAUCCCGAAUCGGUGCAGGAGGAUGGAGAGGACCAGGACACACAGGAGCUGAGGGCUCAGGCCCUCCGUGCCCUGCUGCUGGCUCGCCAAAGGAAAGUAAUAAACGAUUCCUCUGAUGUGGCGGCCACAACCGAGCACGAAGCACCAAGUGCUGCUGCUACUGCUGGUGCUGCUAUUGAAGGUAAAACCUCAGCGAAGAGAAGUCGUGUCCUGGACAGUGAUGAGGAUGAUGAAGAUGAGAGAGAUAAGGACUCUACGUCCAACAUGAACGCAGAUACUGAAGGAGGCGACCAGUCGGACGCUGAAACGCGCUCCGCUCCGGCGAAGCGCAGGCGCCAGAGAGUGCUCAGUGACGAUGAGGAUGAAGAGUAGAAGCCGUGACUCUGUGUGUUCGGUUCCGGUGUCUGGAACGGUUCUGUUGCUCAGUCGUGUUGAGAUCUGUGAUCCCUGCCCUGAACAUAAUGCCCUGUAACACACCUCGGUUAGGGCUUUAGUUCAUCGUGAUGCCUCGGCCACCAUUAAUAGACAGACAGACAACAGACAUAGCCGAUUAUGUCUGUAUGUAGACACCCACCCAAGUGAUAGCACCACUGGGUCCCAUUAACCGCCCCACCACCAGUGACUUGUUUAGUGGACAGUUUCUCUUAAUUUUUUGAACAGUUCAACUUUGUUAGCUUAAUAAAACAGUUGUUUCUUCAAACUUUAAA